GUCCUUUUCAAAUUCCAAAGACCAUGCAAGAUAUCAACGAAACAAUUCCAAUCGAUCGUCGGAGCCAACGAACGGACAAUAUUCUUCAAUUGAUAUUCCUACCACAAGAUCAUUUGGUUGAGAAUUUUAAUCGAAUUGAGAAACUACUCACCUAUUAUCGCAUUUUCAUAUUUACAACAUCUGAGCAACUUGAUUUUGCGCAAAUAAAAUCCAUUGCAAGCGCAAACCUAAGUUCAAUUUCUGUGCUUUUAGUUUAUAAUACCUCAAGUGACACAUUAAAUGAAUUCAUUUUAUCAAAGAGUUCAAUACAGCCAGUGGAGACUUAAUAAUAGUCGAUUGAAAACGGAUCAAAUAUUCAACUCUGUGUUCAAUGAAAUUUUACGAUGCAAUAUGUGAAUCUUUGGGAAUGGAACCAAUGUUAGUGACCUUAAAAUGGUUAAAGGUGCUUGCCAGUUUCUAUUUCACACAUUUGAAAAUGAGUUUUAUCGAUGGCGGUGUCUACAAUUGCAAAGUUGGUUCUGUAGUGCGUCACAAAAUUCAACCAGUAAAGAGCUCAUUUUACAGUGAUAUAUUUAUAUAUUAUAUAUUAUAGCCUUUGUUCCUUUGGAAAUGUUUACCAAAGGUUAUCAUGGACCGUUUGCCAUAGACUAAUAUCAAGCAUUUCCAUCUUGGUUGUAUGACUGUUUUUUCGUUUUCAUGUUCCUACUAUUGUGAAUACCGCAUGAUGUAUGAAAAGAGCCAGGUUUUUAACGAGGCGAGAACUGAUAGUUAUGAAAAAUUAUCGCUACUAAAUGUUUAUUAUUUUAAAUAUGUAACAGUCUUGCACUCUUUUCCGGCCAAACCUUAAUCAAAAACCCACAUUAUAUUCAGCCAGAGCUUGGCGGUGUUUAUUAAAAUAAAAAAAAAUAAAUAAAAAAUAUAUGAACUACUGCCCCAUGCUGAAAAGCAUGCAUUCGCUUCUGUACAAACAAAUGAAAGUGGACUCAUUUGAAGAGUUGGCACAGCGAGAUGUUCCGUUUUAUUUGUAUAACCCUAUGAGACAAGACUUGGAUUAUGUCACGGGUAUUUUAAGUGAUAAGCACAAAAAGAGGACACAUUUAAUGCUUCAAACCAACAAUGUAAUGGACAUUAAACAAGUUGACAAAGACACAGGUAAAGCAGUUGCAUUCAUGGUGCCGUCGCUUAUAACCGAAGCGUAUGCGGCAAUGUUUAAAAAGAAAGGAAGAGACUACGAUAUCAUUACAGAGAUUUUGGGUAAAUAAAUUGUCAAUCAAAAAUUUUAAAAAUUGUCUGUAUAUAUCACUACUCAUUUCGGUGUAUAAGAAUUUCUUCGCAUCCAAAGAACUAUGAAAUUUUCUCUGGCAGUUUUUAGCCGGGCAGAGUCUAGAAACGAUCGAUAUAGAAAACAAUUUGAUGUUGAAGCAAUUACCAUCACAGAAUUGUACUAUCCUCUACUCAUUUAUGUUUGUAUAUUGAUAAGUAUCACUGUCAUUUUCAUUAUUGAAACAUAUUUGUCACGUAUUCGCUCGGUUCAAGUGGUGCCGUCGAGCGUAUUUAAUAGACACAUUUUGAUAUUUUUUAUGUAAUAGUAUACAUAUAAUCUUUUUCCAAGCAAUGAUUAAGUGGAUAAAAACAUCAUGAGAUGUGUAAAUGGAAUUUAAUAACAAGAUAUGUGAUUUCCACACAAAUUGGGUACAUUUUGCAUUGUGUGAUUAGUUUAUUUCAAGGCUAAAAUCUAUUCUUCCCCUGGGUGGGCCAUGCUAGGAAAACUGCAACCCCACAGACAUUUUGAAAUGGGCUUAUUUUCGAGUAGACUGAGCCUACUAGGCUCCCAUUCGAGCAUUUGCUAUAUGGCGUUUUCGACUAUAAGGGCCAAGAUCUAUCCGAUGGCACAUUUGUUAUAAGUAAUACGUCAUUCAGUGAUAACAUCGAAUGCACAAACAGACAUAAACAUUGUACGAAAUUGAGGCGUUCAGUUUGUCAUCAUCGACUUUUCGGAAUUUAUUAAAUCAGUUUAGUUACCCGUUGGAGCGAAGAUUCGAAAAAAUUCAGUCAGAAAGCAAAUGUUUCAUAUCUCGUCUUUAUUUUUAUUCUUCAUUUCUC